GCCAUAUUGUUUCGUUGAGCGGUGAGACUUUGAAAGCACAUGGAAAUAGACGAAAUAAUGCACUAAGAUCAUCUAUUUUGUAGCUUUUCUACUUCUAUUUAAACAUGGCUGAUAUGGAGAUUGUCCGGCAGUUUAACAGCGAGUUAUCAACGCUGUACGCGACAAAGCCGCCAAUUUCAAAAGCGAAAGUGACAUCAAUUACCCGAUUAGCUUUGAAAGCAGUAAAGUAUUACAAGCACGUUGUGCAAAGUUUGGAAAAGUUUGUACAAAAGUGUCGACCUGAAUAUAAGAUUCCAGCAUUAUACGUCAUAGAUUCCAUCAUUCGACAGUCUCGUCAUCAGUUUGGUGCUGAGAAAGAUGUGUUUGGUCCAAGAUUUGGAAAGAACAUCAUGAAUUCUUUUGAGAACUUUUAUAAAUGCCUUCCCGAGGAGAAGAGCAAACUCAUAAAGGUGUUGAAUUUAUGGCAGAAGAACAAAGUUUAUCCACCAGAUGUCAUUCAACCUCUCUUGAAUUUAGCACAAGCAAAACCAACAACUCAACAACUGGAUACUACCCAGCAUGCUUCAGGGGAAGUGGCUGCCGGGGAAAUACCUCAAGAACAAAUGUACAUUGCCAUGCUUCAGAAGCAGCAAGAGGAACAGGUUCGCCGUAUUAGGGAAAUGGAGGAACGUCUCCAACAACAACAACAGACUAAACUGGGAAACCAACCUGAAUCUUUGGAAAGCGAACCAAAAUUUCAACUACCUACAGAAGUAUUUCAGCAGAUUCAAGCUCUUACUGGAAUGGUUAAUCAACAAGGUAGUGACCCCCCUGGACAUUACCAAACACAGCAAUACACAGGAGAGGGUGAUAGACAGUUGAACAAGCAAAAGUAUCAACAUGAUGUUCAAUUACCAGCACAACAAAACCAAGGUCACCAUCAGGGUUACAAUUAUCCUGAUGCCAACCAAGGAAACACAUUUUAUUCCAACUCGCAACAGCAAAGUUAUGUGGAUGACUUUGAUUAUGGUGAUGAUCAAGACGACCAACAGCGUAUUGCAGAAAAGAAAAGACAGCUUGAGCAGGAAGCCAGUCGACUCAACAAUUUAAGUUCGUUCGAACAAGUGGAAGUGGUUAAUGCUCGUCAACGCAUGGAAGAGCAAUUUCGCCAGCAACAAAAAGUGGUCAGCAGUAUCCCCCCACAAAAAGUCCCAGAAAGUAGUCCAGCGAUGAAAGUUCCAGAGACACUCCAGCCAUUAAAUGAAACAGCCAUACCAGCAUUUCAACCGACAUUUCAACCGACAUUUCAACCUACAUUUACUCCACACGCGCAAUCUCCUCCCCGCAAUCGUUCCAGGUCCCCACGCGAACGACGGCAUCGUGAAGUAGCCAGUGAACGAGAAAGAGGUCGUGAAAGACUACCUGACGACCGAAACCGGUUACGUGAUAGACCACGUGACGAUCAAGACAGAUCUCGUGAAGAUAGGGAUAGAGCACGUGAAGAUCGUGAUCGAAAACGCAAUGAACGCGAGCGACCACGGGAAAUUCGCGAUAAACAACGUCCUGAGCGUGAUGAAAGGGAUGGACAUCGUGAAGAGCGUGAUCGUGCUCGCGAAGAACGUGAAAGGACUCGAGAAGAUCGUGAUCGGCCUCGUGAAGAACGUGAACGAUCACGAAAUGAGCGUGAACGACCACGUGAAGAAAGGCGUCGGUCACGUGAGGAACGAGAACCACGAGCACGCGAGAAAGAACGUGAAAAAGAGGAAGAAAAAGCAGUAGAGACAAAAGAAGUUAAAGAAGAGAAAUGGAUUCCUCCUGUUAAAGAAGAUCACGUCAGCGUUUGUAGUCGCACAGUCUGGCUUGGAAAAAUGAAUCGUAGCACAACGAAGGAGAGCUUACAAGAAAUGUUCAAAGAAUAUGGUGAAGUUCAACUUAUAGAUAUGAUAAUACCACGUGGUUGUGCCUAUAUACAGAUGGCUGAAAGAGAAGCAGCGUAUCAUUCUUUGUCUAGUAGGCAAAUACUCAGAAAUAAUUACAAGCUUGCUUGGGCACCAGCUAAGGGAGCAAAGGAAUACAAAGACCAUUUUAAUAAAGAACUUGGUGUCACAUACAUUCCUAUAGCAAAACUGGAGAAGUCUUCGGACACAAUAACAACAUUGUCUGAAGGUGGUUGGAUUGAUCCAAGAACAAUCACAGAAAGUUUAAAGAAAAAUGAAGAAGAAGAAGAAUCAGCAACUGUUACAAGUUCUGAUGGUACAACUGGACAAACAACAACUGUAGUAGGAAUGCCAUUUCCACCACCUGGUUUUCCAGCUAUGCCACCAGGCCAAGUCAUUCCUCCUGGCAUGCCAAGAUUUCCACCUUUUGGCAUUCCUCCCCCCGGGAUGGUGCCUCCACCUGGUAUGAACUUUCCUGGUAUGCAGUUUCAACCAGGCAACAUGCCCUUCCCUCGACCACCAUUUAUGCCUGGAAUGAAUCCUUAUAUGAUGCCUCCUAGGUUUAUGCCAGGCAUGCAACAACAAACUCCACCGAUGCCUGGAAUGCCCCCGAUGUUUAGUGGGCAGCAACCUGUUGCAGGUGGAGCACAAACUAAUGUUGACAGUGGGCAGACUGUUGAGAGUGGCCAAGAUGAGGCAGUAGGUCAAGGCAAGACAGUUGAUGACACAGAAUCGACAGAAAACAUUGUUCCUCCAGGUCAAGAAGAUGUACCACAAUAUCAGGGUGCACAUGAACCCAACCUACAGUCAGAACAACAGAUGUCGUAUGGUCAAACUGCAGAGAGCACAACGAAUACUGGAGUGGAACAAUUUAACACAUCGAGUGAGGCACCUCCAUUUGAAAGUGAACGGCCAAGUGGUGAUGGAGGACCUCGUCCUCCAUUUCAGUCACCAUUUGGUCCACCAUUUGCACCUCAAGGUAACACGCGAUUUCAAGGUCCUCCCCCAAAUGGACCUCAAGGACAGCUAUGGAGACCGCAAGGUGAUUCACGUAAUCAGUGGAGACCAGAAAACCAACAAUGGCGACCCGAAGGAGGACGACCAAACGAGAAUUGGCGUAAUGAGCGUGAGCAUUGGGGUCAUGAGAAUGAUAAAUGGGGUCCAGAGAAUGAGCCAUGGAGACAUGAUGGAGGACGAGAUAGGUGGGGUCAUAAUGAACGUAGAGGACGUCGUGGACGUGACUGGGAAGAACCAUUCGAACGUCAGAAGCGUGGACGUUUUGACAAUGAUUGGGGACCACCACCACACGACAGACAUCACUGGGGACCUCCAUUUGACAGACAUCAAGGACCCCCUCAUGAUAGGCACCAAGGACCUCCGCACGAUAGACACCAAGGACCUUCUCAUGAUAGGCAUCCAGGUCCUCCUUACGAUAGACACCAAGGACCUCCUCACGAUAGACACCAAGGGCAUCCUCACGAUAGACACCAAGCUCCUCCGCAUGAUAGGCACAAAGGACCUCCUUAUGAUAGACACCAAGGACCUCCUUACGAUAGACACCAAGGACCCCCUCACGACAGACACCAAGGACCUCCUCACGAUAGACACCAAGGACCAAGACUUGGUGCUCCUGGUUUUGGGUCCUCUUGGAAGCAUGAUGAGCAAAGAAGUCGAUGGGGUGAACAAGAUGAAGCAUCCAAAGGGAAUCCUAUUGAUCAGUAUCAGCAAGGCGGAGAACAACAAGAAAACAACAUUCAUCAUGGCGGUGCUGAUCCAAAUAAUGAUGAAAUUGCUAAAGGCUGGGCUGAAAUCAAAGCACUUAAAGAAAAGAUUACUAAUAACAAGAUCAAUGAAAGUACUGAAACCGCAACGCUCGCGCCUGGAGAAGGGGAAGUUGGCGAAGAAAAACCAAAUCUUUCAGAACUUCAAGUUCCUGGAGGAUCAAAUGAAACACCACCUGUUGGCGUUUCUAUUGAGCAAGAAGCACCCACUGAUAUUAAUACAAAACAGGAUAGCUUCACAAAUAAUCCUUUUAAUUCUGCAGGGUCAGCUGACGAUGUCCAGUCUAUGGCUGUUGAAGGUGGAAUGCAAACGGUAAGUGAACACAACCAGCCGCCAAAUAGCAGCAAUGUCGAGAAAAUGAUCAUUGAGGAACAAACUGUUCAUGAACAAAACGAGAGUACUGGUGAUAUGACGGCUAUAGUCGAUGUACAACAACAAACAAUGAAACCAACCAAUGAAAAGCAACAUUCGUCUGACGAGAGAGCUGAUAAUGGCGAUUCUAACAAAAUGAUUAGUGAUGAAGAAAACGUUGGAUCUAAAUCUUUUGAAGGCAAUACACAGACAUCAACUGAUGUCCCUGUUCAACUGUCAUCAAGUAAAACUGAUAAUGACAACCCCAACGUAAUGAUUACUGAUAAAGAAAAUGUUGGACCAGAAGCUUUUGAAGUCAAUACGGAGACAUCGACUCAUACCCUUGUUCAACAGUCGGCAAGUGAGACUGACAAUGGCGAUGCAAACAAACUGAUUAUUGGUAAAGAAAACGUUGGAUCAGAAGCAUUUUCGGAGGGUAGAGAGACAUCAACUGAUGCCCUUCUUGUCAGUCCUCAAGUGAAACUGAUCAUGAAAAUAAAAAUGACAAUAUUGUUCCUGAGGAACUGGUAGGUGCUAAGAUUUUACCUGAAAAUGAUGGGCGUUCAUUAGGUGAUAGUUUGGACAAUGCAAAACAAUGUGACAUACAAAAACCACUGAGGGAUGAUGUCGGGGACGCUGGUGCAGAACAGCUGCCGACUGAAGUCACGAAUAAAAUUGAUAGUGAUAACCAGGAAACUAUUCAUGUUGAAUCGAGUGACAGCCAUUUGAUGGCAAUAUCCGAGGAGACUUCCCAUUCGAUGUCAAGUGAAAUAAAACUGCAGUCAAACGAUAUAAAAACGGAGUCAACUGGAAUUCUCCCUGACAUAGAUGCAAUACAAUCGCCACCGGUAAGUACUAUAAAUGUAACUGCCUCAGAUGCGAAUGGAGGUUCAUUUCAGUGUAACGAGGAGAUGAUUGAAUCUGCUGCACCUGUUCAACUUGCUGCACCUGUUGAAGUUGAAUCCAAAAUAGAACCUCUUCGUGAAGGAAACAGCAAAUACUUUCGACUGCGACGUUAAUUCUGAACAACCCGAGGAGAUAGUUCUGUGUGCCACUGUCAAUAACAAUAUGAAUGAGAAAACUGUCUCAGAACAAAAGGAAGGCAGUUUAAACGAUAAUGUCGUAUCGUCUGUCCAAUCCACUAAGGAUGCAUCAGGAACUGUUUUACCACUAGACUUUCCCCCACAAACCGGGGAAAUGCAAUCUGAGUUUGAACUGACUGAUGCCAGAGAUGAGAGUGAAGCUUUGUCUAGCACCUAGUCGUCACUCCAAAAUUUCAUACAUAUGUGUCAAUCAUUCGUGGUAACAGUCACUCCGAAAACGAUGUCGAUAGCGUUUUUAAGCAAAUUUUAGGAAUUCACUUGCGAAAAAGCUGUGCCUUACGCGCUGGAACGUUUUGUCACAGGCAAUGUUUUAUGAUCAUGUGCCAAUACGCAUAAAAAACAUUUUUAAACAAUGCAAAUAACUGCCAACUAGUUUUUUGUAACUCUAAAUUAUUUUACUAACUGCAACACAAACAUCAAUAAAUUGCAUUGCAUAACGUUAAUCUAAGUUUUGAAAGUCCUUCAUAAGAGAGAAAGAGAGUGGUUCGAAGUUUUUAUCCCAUUAAUUUCCACAGAAUUUUCUCUUGAAGAAGAGUGGUAAGUGAGUUAAACACAGUUAAACGGUAAUGGAAUCGUGACUAUGGAUGAAUUAAAAUUAGUAAUAACUAAUUGUCAACAGCGAUUUUGGAAAGUUAAAUAUAUUCGUCAUGAUUGGAAGAAGUCGAUAAUUUUUUAAUCAUUUCCUUCAAUGGAUAUUGAGAAACGUAUUUUUCAGGCAUUUGUUACUCGAAUUCGUUACAUUUGGAAUAAGAAAAGUCAUUCAAUGGUAGGUGAAACUUGUUAUUUCAAGUAUUCACAAUCACUGUUUCAUUAAUCCCUAAAAUUAUCUACACAUGCUCACCAACUCUACAGCAAAAUAAAUUUUAAGAUAACAGGGCGCUAAAAUGCAGGACUUCGUAAAAGCAGAGUCCGUUAGCGAAAGAAAGUCGAUUUAACGGAAGACGGCACGUAGGCACAGCUUUUCGCAAACUAUUUUCCAACAUGUUUUGGAUUGUAACUGAUCGUUAGCAGAAGUGCUUGCUUAUGUAACUAGUUGCAGUGCAUAUUUGUAUUAUUUUUCUACAAUAAAUAAAAUGUGAUUGUAAGUGUAAAAA